AUGUCGAAUCUGCACACCGCUCCGUCUCGACCCUUCAAUAUCGAUGUCAACGGUGGUUGGGACCUAGAUAUGGAUAUGGAUAUAGAGGAUGAGCAAAACGUAGAAGAUUCAUUACCUUCUACACCACUCGAAGAGCGCUCAACUCACUCGCAUUCCAGAGCUUGGAAGCAUGCUACGAGGUCGGAUGAAGGAGAAACCUCUGGGGAAGCAUCGAAGGAUACUAGCGAUCCAAGACAUCACAUCCACUCUCAACAGGAAGAGCAUAUACCGUCUAAAGGAGAUACAGACAAAGGAGACAAUGACAAAACAUGUAGGAUAUGUUUUUCAGGACCUGAAGAAGAAGAGACGCUGGGUAGGAUGAUAUCCCCUUGUCUGUGUACUGGCAGUAUGCGAUAUGUACAUGUGAAAUGCUUGAAUGCUUGGAGAGGUACUGGAACGAACGCUAAAGCACAUCUCGAAUGUCCACAAUGCCAUUAUCGAUAUCAACUACGAAGAACUCUCAUCUCAGGUCUCGCAACCUCCCGACCCAUCCUCCUACUAUCCACCAUCCUGACGUUCUCUCUCCUCACUCUACUCCUGGGCGAGAUCCUGCAUCUAAUGCUUCAUCACUCACCCACGAUCUCACGUACGCUCCUCUCUCGCUCCUCCCGUCCAACCGUUAAAACAAUGUUCGAUCUCCUCGACGAUCCUUACGCGGCCGUUGACGGUGGUCCAGUGAUCGUCGUAGGCGGCGGAGGAGAAUUGAUAUGGGAUAUUUUCAUCGGAGCUAUCCAGACGUUCGUCGACCUUUCAAAUUCCUUCUUGACUCAGAAGGACAAUUUAUCCACCAAAAUUCCUUCACCACUAGCUAAUCUGGUAUUCGAACUUGCUGUGAGGUACUUACUGGGUUUAGCAACGUUGGGAUCAAUGUCUUUCCUUUCGUUAUUAUUGAGUUUAUCACUCUUUGGACCACUUCAGCUUAUGAAUGGACUAAGAGGCUUUGGAUUCUUGGGUAAUCUUGCUAGAAGACGAAAUACCGCUGGGGGAGGAGGGGGUGGUGGAGAAGGGAGAUUGUCGAUUGGGACGAUAAUGAUGGUUAUCCUAGUUCUUGUUGGAGCUGUCAAUACGUUGAUCCAAUUUUACAACGGAUUACAAAUCUUGACUCAGAAAUUGUUGAUUUAUGUGGAAACGCAGAUAUUGGAAGUGAAUUCUGAUGAAAUUCAUAAACGACGAAGGGAAGAGAAGAAAAAGAAGGCGGAAGAAGUGCAGGCGGAGAGAUGGUGGAUUAGAUGGAUUAAAGAUGGUCAGUAUAAGAGAAUUGAUGGGUAUAGGGAAUUGGCGGUGAGGUUCAGUUUGGCUUUGGACAGAAUUUGGGAGAGAAUUAAGAGAUCGUUCAGGAUGGAUGGUGGAGAUGGACAUGAACAUCAGGAAUGA